UAGAUAAUGAAAUUAUUGCAAGUCCACAAGCAGGUAGCAAUUGCCAUCUGGAAGCUGUGGUGAAUACAGGACCAUCAGCCCUCUUUAUGGUGUAAUUCUGAGCACAGUUCUCAACUGUGUCCAGGAUUUUUGCAAUGCUGCCGUUAAGGUGCUUCUUCCAGUACAUAUCGUGACUCCUGCUGCCUCAAAGUUAUUGGCGAUGGCCAUAUACUUUUAAAAACCGCUGGAGAGCCCCACAGUGUGUGGGUGCUAUAGAUGGCAGCCAUAUACCAAUCACUGCACCAGAAAGAUAUUCAGGGGACUACUACAACCGCAAAGGAUGGCAUUCAGUUGUUCGCGUAUUCUGGCAUAUCAUUUCUUGAUUACACAACUUUGGAUACCAUAAAUUGUAUUGUUUUGAUCGAUAAAGAUGAACCUUGAAUUGCCAGGUGUUUAAAGGGUAGCUCAGGAGAUGCUACGCACUUAAUCAUAAUUAACUUUCUAUCUAAAACAGGGCUGAUCAAGAGAAUAUAGAGGACAGUUUUAUUUUUUGCUCUCUGUCCUGUCCCACACUCUUUACCAGUUGGUGGCGGUAAUGUACACCUGUACGUUGUUUGCCAACCGUUAAUAAACUGCAGAAGAAGAAGAACCGCCGUCUUCAAACAAGAGAAGCCAUGGAUUGUAAAAUCAGACAAAAUUGGUCAGAAAAGGAGACCCAAUGUUUUCUGGAAUUGUGGUCGUCCGCUGAAAUCCAAAAUAAGUGGGAUGGGGCCACUCGGACAAAGCAUAUCUUUGUGGAGCUUCAGAGGAAGAUGUCUGCAGCUGGCUACGAACGUAGCCUCGACCAGCUAGUAAACAAACUGAAAAAGCUGAAAAAAGAUUUCAGGGACCAGAAAAGGGAGCUGGGACGCAACGGGCGAUCCCCCCAAAAUUCCCACUUCGACAUACUGAAUUCUGUUCUUGGAGAAAACCCACAAGAAGCCAGUUUAUCCUGUAAUAAAGUAGAGGACUGUGAGUCUCCUACAAGCAGCAAGUUGAAGUCCACUUUAGUGCAGACGUCUACCUUGUGGUCACCCAGCUAUGUGGGAAUGACAAAAGAUGAAACACUGUGGUUGCCUGAUGAAGUCCAAGUGCUCGUAACUCUUUGGGCACAAUCAAACAUCCAGAAGCAGCUUCUCACCUCAGCAGCAAACAAUCAAGUAUUCACCUACCUUAGCAAUGAGCUAGCUUUGGUAGGUUUUAACAAGACUCCACGGCAAUGCAGUCUUAAAGUAAAUAAGCUUAAGGAGGAGUACAAAAAAAUGAAACGAGAUGAACCACAUGGGGAUGAUGAAAGCGAUUGGUUUGCUGUUAUGGAUGCUGUCCUUGGCUCAAAUGGAGAGGCUUCUAAAGAGAUGGAUAUAUCUGUCCUUCUUACUGCACCUAAAUCACCUGAAGCAGAUUGCUCCCAAACUGUUUGGACCUCAGACGAAGUCAAUGUGCUACUCACACAGUGGGCACAGGAAAGCAUCCAGGAGCAGCUGAGAUCUGCCCAGGAAGAUGAACGAGUGUACGCGCAGUUAAGUUCAGAGCUCGCCACUCAAGGCUUUGAUAAGACCACCAGCCAAUGCAAGACAAAAAUAAGACUUCUGAAACAAGAUUAUGAAAGGAUUAAGGAACAGAAAGACUCCAAAAUGCAUACAAGUAGGUGGUUUGCCAUCAUGGAUCACGUCCUUGGUCGCAGCAAGCCAAAGACUGAAACUACACCGGCAGCUAACGUCAGAGAGACAGAGCCUGCAUCUCGACAAGCAUCACAAGACCUACCUUCUGCACCGGUAGCUGGUUGCCACUUGUCCGUCCCCUCAUUGUGCCUCCUGGUUCCAACCCUGCGUCUGAUGUGUGCCUUUGCCUGGCAGGUGGUCCAGUGUUGUAAUGUGCAGCAUUACAGAAAAGUGGAGGAGUUGGUGGAGUUGGUGACGGAGUUGGCUCCAGAGUUGCUGACACCCAGAGAAAGAGUACAGCUCCUGCUAAGACUGAGGGCGAGGCUUGUCCUGGAGUUGUGUCGCAGUCAGAGCACAGCUAACCUGCUGAAUAUCCAGCCUCACCUGAGGGUUAUUCAGAGCCUGACAAUAGGCUCCAGCUGUGGUCAGGAGGAGCUGGAGAAGCUGGAAAGUUCAAAGUCAAACUUUGUGAAAGUUGUUCAUGCCUUGCUCAAGGACACAGAAGAAAGGAGGAGAUUUUUCAUGGAAGUCUUUCCCGUUCACUACGGACAACAGUAUGAAGUCACAUUGCACAGAUUGGUGUGGAAAUUCAUUUCCAGACUGGACAAUCUGUUGCCCAUCCCCGAUAUAAAACAGACAGCAGAAUGGCUCAGCACUGCCCCUUCUGUAAUGGAGGAAUGUGGACAACUGGUUUUGCAGCCAGAGCAGCUGAAAACACUGAUGCACUUCCACGACCAACAGUCAGGAGGCACAAACCGAUGCUCCUCUGAAGCUCAGAACAUGUUUUUGCCUGAACUGUCUAUCCACCCCAAAGCAAACACAAGCAGUCUUGCUUCAGAGCAACAAGAAGCAUCUACCGUCAGUGGUGAUGAUGGACAGUAUGAUUAUAGCAAGGGUGCAGAACUACUAGACGAAAACCAAACUGAUGAUAAACCAAAUCUGGAGAACUCUGGAGGAAAUGAAGACCCGAUAGACGACCAAUGUGAAGGCAAGAUGAUUGCAAACUGCCAUGUGGUGGGACUUCUUCAGCCCAUCAGAGAGGAGCAUCUUAUCCAGCACUCCAUUCUCUCUGAAGAAUCAGGAGGGGACACCUUCCUUCAGAAUGUUGGUGCAGAGGCUCAUGAGUGCAACAUGGAGCUCUUCAAGGAUGUAACAACCUCUAACAGCCUCAUUAAAACACACGGCCAUUUAUUCCAAUGCGAUAAGUGUGUCAAAACGUAUGCCUCCAAGUCGUCCCUGAUAGUGCAUUAUCGGAUUCACACAGGUGAGGCUCCGUUUUUGUGUUCGUACUGUGGUCAAAGUUUCAGAUCUUCAGCAAGCCUGGAUUUACACCUUCGUAUACACACAGGAGAACGUCCCCACAAAUGUCACAUUUGUGGAAAGACUUCAGUCCAGCAUCUAGCAAGGCACAUGCGCAUGCACAGAGGGGAGAAGAACUACCUGUGUACAGAGUGUGGGAAGGCUUUUCUCUCUGCUGCGGAGUUAAAGUUACACACGCGCUACCACACAGGCGAGAGGCCUUACACGUGCAAACACUGCGGGAAAGGUUUCAUUGCAAAGUGCCAUUUGACAGUUCACACACGGCGACAUACGGGAGAGAGUCCGUACAGGUGCUCCAUGUGUCCAAAAUCUUUUCCCACUUUGAGAGCGCAGAAAAAGCACCUAAAGAUCCACACGAACAAAAAGUCUUUCCAGUGUUUUAAAUGCGGGAAAAUAUUCAGGCAGGAGGAUACUUUUAAACUGCACGUUGAAACACAUGAUUUCAUAUGAACUCAUUUUAAUGAUGGAUUUUAGGGAGUGGAGCCAGCGGUUUCGAUCAAACUGUCGGUGUCAGAGUUCAGCAUGAGUCUAAAGAGCAACAAACAGCAACAAUUAUUAUAUUUGUAUUUGUUUUAUUAUUUUUUAUGUAAAGCUACCAUUCAAAAUACAGUCAAUUCAAUGCAUGACAUUAUAGACAUGACAGGAGUUACUUCUGAAA